AGUUAUAACAUUAUGUCAAAGAAGAAAAUGUUGGAUAACUGUUACAGAAGAACUAUCAGAAGAACUUCACGAAGUAAACAUGAGUCAGGGUGUGUGGAAGUCCGUGCUGAUAACCGGUUCCAGCAGAGGGAUAGGACUGCAGCUGGUUAAAGAGCUGGCUAACAGCAGCAACAGACCCGCUACCAUCAUAGCGACAGCCCGCAACCCUGCUGCUUCCACGGCUCUGCAGGAGCUGUCAAAAACACACUCAGGACUUCAUAUUGUUACAUUUGAUGUGAGCAGUGAGCAGAGCAUAAGUUCAGCCUCUGAACAGGUUCAGUCUAUUGUGGGAAAUUCAGGACUCAACUGCUUGAUUAAUAAUGCUGCCAUUGGAUUCUCCACUAACAUCAGCACUGUAACCCCAGAGGCAAUGAUGACGAUGUUCCAGGUCAACACUGUUGCACCACUCUUUGUAACAAAGGCCUUCAUGCCUCUGCUGGAGACUGCUGCUGCCAGGUCAGGUGGGAUGGGGAUCCACAGAGCAGCUGUCAUCAACAUGUCCUCUGUCCUUGGUUCCAUCACACUGAACUGUGGGGAUGCCGCCAAAUUCAGGAGCUAUGCCUAUCGUACCUCUAAGGCAGCCCUAAACAUGGUGACAAGGUGUCUAGCUGCUGAUUUGGAGUCCAGUGGAAUUCUCUGCAUGUCUCUUCACCCUGGCUGGGUGAGGACGGACAUGGGAGGACCUCAUGCUGACUUAACAGUAGAGCAGAGUGUUUCUGGAAUCCUAUCUGUCCUCUUCAGCCUUAGCGAGCGGGACCACGGAGAAUUCCUUGACUACCAUGGACAGAAGCUACAGUGGUAAAGCGUAUUUGCUGCACAGAGUAUUUCACUGGCAGAGCAAACUCAUUCCUGAAAAAUAGUUGAUGCAUUGAACAUGGCAUGAAGCUGGGAGCAUACCAAUCACACCACUGGCGUCUCUGCGCAUUAGCACACCACCGUGGCUGCAUCUCUCUUCUCAACUUUUGUUCACUGAUUGGCCUGGUUGAAACUCACUAUGAGAAAUUGAGGUCAAUGGGAGAAAUUCCAGACGAAGCAUUGAAUGGAGAUGAGAAUUGAGCAGAAUUGAAGGAAGGCAAUAGCCAAGCUAAUUAAAUGGUAAUAUAGUCUGCCAUACACACUUGCUGCUCUCUUGGACAGUUUUUUUAAACCACUUCAACCAAUAUUGUUUACCAUUAAAUUAUGUACUAAUCACUUAUUUUGGACCAAUAUCUAAGUCACUAAGGCGAUAAAUAGGAGGGAAAUGCAAACAUCUCAAAAAGAACAAACGUCAUUUGAAAGAAUAUUUUGCCCAUCACUGCUAUAGCAAAAUCAGUUUCUUUCUUCUUUGAAUUCUGAUUUAAAGAAAAAAACAUUUCUUGACAUUAUUGACAUCUAGUGGUACAAUAGUGGUAUUACAGUUUUUGAAUGCUUAACGUGACGCAUCAUGAACAUGCCGUCAUGCCCCUGGCACAUACACUCCAUCACAAAAUGUGUCAAGUAGUUUCAGUUUUCUUUUCUUCUUUUAAAUUAUUUUCUUUCUGAAUUCACUGUUUAUGAGUUGUAUGAAUAAAAAAAAAUAAGAGGGCA